CGAUGCUGCUUUCAGGCAUUUGUUUAGGACAUGCCCCUGGGGCCUGAAGGGGCUUUGUACGGCAACCGAAGCAGCUGCGAGUUCAACGGCAAGUUUCGAAGAUGCCGCCCAAAGGAAAAAGUGGUUCUGGAAAAGUGGGGAAAGGAGGAGCAGCCUCUGGGAGUGACAGUUCUGACAAGAAGGCUCAGGGUCCCAAAGGUGGUGGCAAUGCAGUAAAGGUCAGACACAUUCUGUGUGAAAAACAAGGAAGAAUCAUGGAAGCCAUGGAAAAGUUAAAGUCUGGAAUGAGAUUCAAUGAAGUGGCUGCACAAUAUAGUGAAGAUAAAGCCAGGCAAGGGAUUCCCAGCCUGUGGCAACAUGCUGGUCACCAUAGAGACCUGAGAAGCACCCUUGUCUCACUGGUACCACAUUUACAAACCAACCCUUAAACUGGAUUAUUUUGCAGAUGGUUGAUCUCAUCAAUUCAAUGUUGAUUCAAUUAGUUCCGAUUUCAGAAGGUGACAUUUUCCGACCUUGUCCCCUUAAGCACAAGCAAAAACUAUGGCUUUUUUGGGAAGUGAAAAAGUACAAGGUGUGCUUGGGGAACAGUGAGGAAACAAGACAGGUGGAGGGGAGGGUUUGUAGGUGAACCACAGGAUAUACCUCUCAUUCACUCAUUCGUUCAGCACCUACAAUGUGGCAGUAACUGGGCUAGAUACUGGGGAUACGGCGGUGAGCAAGAUUAGCCUUACGGACCUCACAGUCUCCUGGGGUAGACAAACAAUUAAUAGAUAAUUGUAGUACAGUGUGGUGAAUUCUAUGGUGGGAAGAACAGGGAAAUGGUGUGCUGUGGGCCCCUAACCUUCCCAGAGGAAGCAACAUCUCAGCUGAGACCUGAAGGAUGGGUGAGAGUCAGCCAGAAAAAAAGUUAGGGGAGAGAGCAAGCAGUGGGGUGGAGUGGAAAAAAAUGUUCCUGGAAGAAGAAAGUGUCCAAAGAAUAUGAAGAGAGAUGGGAACAGGGUAAAUUUGAGGGCUUAAAAGAAAA